AAGUAGUCUCGUCUCCUCCCUUGACGUUCAGAUACACGGGAGCUAGAAGAGAUAUAAUUCUUAUCUGUAUAUAUUUAAUAAUAUUAUUCCCUUCUGUCAUAUCGACGUGUUUAAUUUAAUAUUUUAUGUUCAUUUAAGGUGUCACAAUUGUUAUUAGACGUUUAGAGUAUUUACAAAAAAUGACGAAUUAUCAUAUACACUUGUAGCUAUAGCUCGUCGGAUUGAAGGUAAGAUUGUAAACAAUCAUAAUCUUUUGGGCAUCAUGAUUCAGAUGCACCCAAAACAGCUCAAACCGUCCGACAACUUACAAACAGAUUAGAUUUUUUCUUUUGUCUUGGUCCUUCGGCUGGACAAAACCUUGUUAGAUAUAAACUGAAUGUCAUGGUUUCCUGGAGCCAUGUCUUGUAAAUCUAAAGUUGCUCCCAGUGUUGAUUUUGACCACAGCUGCUCUGACAGUGUUGAGUAUUUGACACUCAACUUCGGGCCUUUUGAGACUGUCCACCGCUGGAGGAGGCUGCCACCAUGUGAUGAGUUUGUGGGUGCAAGGCGUAGCAAACACACUGUCGUGGCAUACAGGGAUGCCAUCUAUGUUUUUGGAGGAGACAAUGGCAAGAACAUGCUUAAUGACUUGUUGCGGUUUGACGUGAAGGACUGCUCCUGGUGUCGGGCGUUUACUACUGGCACCCCACCAGCUCCAAGAUAUCACCAUUCUGCAGUUGUGUAUGGAAGCAGCAUGUUUGUGUUUGGUGGAUACACUGGAGACAUCUAUUCAAACUCUAACUUGAAAAACAAAAAUGAUCUAUUUGAGUACAAGUUUGCUACCGGGCAAUGGACAGAAUGGAAGGUGGAGGGACGUCUGGUUGCCAGAUCGGCUCAUGGAGCUACGGUCUAUAAUGACAAACUCUGGAUUUUUGCUGGAUAUGAUGGAAAUGCCAGGCUGAAUGACAUGUGGACCAUCAGUCUUCAGGAUCGUGAGCAGGCAUGCUGGGAAGAGAUUGAACAAAGCGGUGAAAUCCCACCGUCCUGUUGUAACUUCCCAGUAGCCGUAUGUCGGGAUAAGAUGUUUGUCUUCUCUGGUCAGAGUGGAGCAAAGAUCACCAACAACCUCUUUCAGUUUGAAUUCAAAGGCCACAUAUGGACCCGUAUCCCAACUGAGCACUUACUGCGUGGCUCCCCUCCGCCCCCUCAGAGACGCUAUGGACACACCAUGGUGGCGUUUGAUCGUCACCUGUAUGUGUUUGGAGGAGCAGCAGACAACACUCUACCCAAUGAACUGCACUGCUAUGACGUGGACUCACAGACCUGGGAGGUCAUUCAGCCCAGCACCGACAGCGAGAUGCCAAGUGGAAGGCUGUUCCAUGCAGCGGCUGUUAUCCAUGAUGCCAUGUACAUCUUUGGAGGGACUGUGGACAAUAAUGUACGCAGUGGAGAAAUGUACAGAUUUCAGUUUUCUUGCUAUCCAAAGUGCACACUUCAUGAGGACUAUGGCAAACUGUGGGAAAACCGUCAGUUCUGUGAUGUAGAGUUUAUCUUGGGGGAGAGGGAGGAGAAGGUCCUGGGUCAUAUUGCCAUAGUAACAGCUCGCUGUAAGUGGCUCCGAAAGAAGAUUCUACAGGCGAGAGAUCGACAGAAACAGAAGAGUAAACUUGAAUGCAAUGAGGAGAGUGAGGAGUCUGGCUCAGGCAGUCAGAAGGACAACUCUGGAAGGUCCUCAAGGGGUCUUCCUUUAUUGGAAGUGUCAAUCAGAGAGGCAGACGCUCAACCAUUUGAGGUUUUGAUGCAGUUCCUGUACACAGACAAGAUACAGUACCCACGUAGAGGUCAUGUGCAGGAUGUGCUGCUGAUAAUGGACGUUUAUAAACUUGCUUUGAGUUUUAAACUGUCCAGACUGGAGCAGCUCUGUGUUCAGUACAUUGAGGCAUCGGUCGAUCUGCAGAACGUCCUGAGUGUGUGUGAAAACGCAAACAAACUUCAGCUGGACCAGCUUAAGGAACAUUGCCUGAACUUUGUGGUCAAGGAGAGUCACUUUAACCAGGUCAUCAUGACUAAAGAGUUUGAGCACCUGUCCACUCCGCUGAUCGUGGAGAUAGUGAGACGCAAACAGCAGCCUCCUCCAAGAGUCUAUUCGGAUCAGCCGGUGGACAUAGGCACAUCUCUGGUGCAGGACAUGAAGGCUUAUCUGGAGGGGGCGGGCCAUGAGUUUUGUGACAUCAUCCUUUUGCUAGAUGGUCAUCCGCGCCCUGCACAUAAGGCCAUACUUGCUGCUCGCUCCAGUUAUUUUGAGGCCAUGUUCCGCUCCUUCAUGCCAGAGGAUGGGCAGGUGAACAUUUCAAUAGGUGAAAUGGUUCCUAGUACACAGGCCUUUGAGUCUAUGCUGCGCUACAUUUAUUAUGGGGAUGUCAACAUGCCUCCAGAGGACUCACUAUAUCUGUUUGCAGCACCUUAUUACUACGGUUUCUCCAACAAUAGACUGCAGGCCUACUGCAAGCAAAAUCUGGAGAUGAACGUUACUGUAGAAAAUGUCUUGCAGAUCUUGGAGGCGGCUGAUAAGACUCAAGCUCUGGACAUGAAGAAACACUGCCUGCAUAUUAUAGUCCAUCAGUUCACCAAGGUGUCCAAGCUCCCCAACUUGCGAUCGCUCAGUCAACCACUGCUGUUGGACAUCAUUGACUCGCUGGCAUCCCACAUAUCAGACAAACAGUGCACUGAGAUGAGCUCUGAUAUAUAGUCUAUCCUCCCCUUUCACGUCCCAUCCAAUACUUUAUGAACUUUUUCAUUAAUGCUUCCGCUCCAUUUCCUUCCCUCUUCAUCCAGCACCUCCUCCCAACCCUUAUAAUUCUGCUUCACACCCCCCGUUCGCUGCGUCACAUUCCUCUGGAUUUUAUUUAUCAAAUUGUGUUUGAGAGAGAAUUGUGUUUUAAUGUGCACACAUUUUGGGCAAAUACCCUUAAUUUGGUAGUGCACAUCAAAUCAGUUGACGGCCCACAACGUUGUUUCAUUAGACAUACAAUUAAAGGGAUAGUUUACCCAAAAAUGAAAAUUCUGUCAUCAUUUACUCACCCUCAAGUUGUUCCAAACCUUUAUAAAUUUCUUUGUUCUGUUGAACACAUAGGAAGAUAUUUUGAAGAAUGUGGGGAAACUGAACAGUUUUGGGGCACCAUUGAGUUCCAUAGUAUUUUUUUUUUCCUACUAUGGAAGUCAAUGGUGCCCCAAAGCAGCCUGGUUACAAACAUUCUUCAAAAUAUCUUCCUUUGUGUUCAGCAGAACAAAGAAAUUUAUACAGGUUUGGAACAACUUGAGGGUGAGUAAAUGAUGACAGAAUUUUCAUUUUUGGGUGAACUAUCCCUUUAAGUGUCCCACAUAAUGAAAGCUUUGUAAACACCACUCCUAUUAGGAUAAAUUUCACAAAAACAUGUCAAGGUGACAAAAUCCAAAGAAAGAAAUAGAAAUGUUAUAUUGCAUAAAGAAAAUGAACUCAUUUUAUGGCCACCCAUUUUCUUUUUUGCCUUUUUAAUGACAAUUAUGAACAUUUUAGUGCUAAAUUAUCAUUCAAUAAAUGAUUUCAUCAGGUUAUUGUUAAUUAAAUAAAUUAAAAUAAAGUUCAACAAGUACAAAUAAUACCACUGUGUAUAAAUAAAAAUAAUUCAAAUAUUUUUUGCAUUACAGCAUAAUGAGAUUUUUUUUUUUUUUUUCUAUGCAUAUAUUCAUUCAAGAAAAAUAUGAUUUCUUAUUUCUUUCUUUUGUUUUUUUAUUAAAUAUGACCUGGAUUUGAUCUACUGCACUUUAUAUACAUGAAUAUACAGUAGUCCUUUAUUUAUUCCUGAGCCUUGUAGUAAUUCUGUGCUGCUGUCCUGAGUUAUGUCAGUGCUCGUCAUUAUGCAGUUAUGGCAUAAUAUAAUUAUAUAAGUGGAUCAGCACAACAACAGUCAACUCAUGUAUGCUUUACUGUAAUCACUGAGAUGUUCUGUUGGUCCUGUGGGAACUAUGCCUUAAUAAAUCGUGUAACAUCA